GAUGACAAUAAAGAAAAUUUCAUGGAUCCAAUUUUAUUUGAAGAACUCAAUCAUUUAAACAAAAAACAAACAUCAAUUCGCAAUACCUUUUUAAAAAUACUUAAUAAACAAAAAUCUAAAGAUACCAAAUCAAAUAAGACUAUUUUUACCUCACUACCAUUAAAUAAUAUUAUAGAUGUCACUCAAAUAGACAGGAAUAUUUUAAAAUCAAUAUCUAAUGAUGAAAUAACUAAUGAUGAAAUAAAUUGGUUAAAUGAUAUCUUGAGGAAAAAAAAAUGGAAGACAACACCAGAGUUCAAGGAAUAUUGCAACCAAUUUCAUGAAGAUAAUUGUGAACGUUCAAUAGUGCCUUUAUUAGCAAGGAAAUCAUUUGUAUCUGGAAGAUUUGAUUCAUUUAUUAAUGAAGGGCAUGACAUUGCUCAGGAUAUAAUUAAACAUUU